AAUUCACUCGGCUCUGUGCUCCUUUUGCAGACAAACGAUCUCACCCUGUGGUCCCCGCUCUACCCUCUCCUCAGACCCAGAGCAGUACGAAUCUGGAGGCCUGAGGCCGAGCUUAAGAGGGAAUAUUUAUUUACUGUUCCCCUCCUCCCAAGUUCUCGAAAAAAAAAAAGGCAAAGAAAAGGGGCUGGGGGAGGGGGAGCAUAGCCACCGCAGCAGCCUCAAGCUCUGGGGAGAUGUUGUGUCCCCAGUGAGUGGCGGUCGCUCGGGGAGACCGCCCAGGGGCCGGAAGGCGGCUUGGGGCCUGGGUGAUGCUGCAGCGCCGCCCCCUGAGCUAAGACCGGGGCGGUAGUGCCUCCUUCCCCUAGUUCCCCAUCCAGUUAUCUCCUCUCCUUUUCCUUUCCUCACUCUCUAUCCCUUUAACAAUCCACCCCACCCCCGCGCGCCUCUGUUCUCUAACUUCGCUCUCUUCUCCUCUCCCCUCCCCUCCUCUUUUCCCCACCUCGUUCCCUCCCUUUGCUCCGCCUCCGCCUAGCACACAACCCCCUUCCCCCUACUUCUACUUCUCUGCCUUUUCCCCACUUAGUGCCCCUCUCGCCUUCCCUCCUCCCCCCCACCCCCAGCCUCUCUAUGGUUGUCCAUCCCGUCAAUCACUGCUGAAGUUUGUCGUUUCUUGUUCCCUUCUAUCUCGCUUUUUCUCUCUCCCUCUUUCUCUCUGUGUGUAUAUGUAUAUACGUGCGUGCGUGUGUGUGUGCGUGUGUGUGUGUGUGUGUGUGUGUGCCAGUAUCCAAGUACCCCAGUCUCCUGCUCUGGCUCUGGUCUCUGACGGCCCCUCUGACUAGAGUAGAGCGGGGCAAUCUGUCAGCCCAGCCAGGGGGGAGCCGCCUCGCCCCGGCUCGGGUUACCGCUGACUGACAGCGUCUCCAUGGCGAAUAAUUUGACUCCAACUAUUGUCUGGCUCAGGCAGGCCCCGGGUCAGAUAACCGGACCAAUCAGGGAGCGGGCCGCCGCAGCUCAUGCCCGCUUAGAAUAAUAUUAUUAAAAAAGCAGCGAGAGAGCUAGACGGGAGAGCGAGAGAGGCGCGGGCGGCGGGACCUCGCCGGGCGGCGGAGUAUGCAGAGGAGCGUCCCGGGCCGGGCUGCGAGGAGCCAAGUCGAGGUCACCGGCUGCUGGGGAGCCGGGGACAAACACAGACGCAGGGGACAUCGCGGGGCCCUGGCCCCUUGCAAGGACUUACCAAAGUAACUUGGGAACUUCUUUUGUGCCAUCGCCCCCCCCCCCCACCCGCUAGCUCCCAACCCCCGUUAUUUUUUCCGACUGCUUCUGUUGGGCCCAUCUUUCUUGGCUGCCUCGGGACCCCAGUCGGUGUCCCAGAUGCAGGGCGUCGCGGUGCUGUGAGUACCUCGGGGCCGGGGCGGGGGUCGAAGCCGCUAGUUCAGACCGAGUGGGGUUCCAGGGGGUGGGGCCAGGCCCGGGCCGCAGCCCCGGAUGGUGAGCAGGGCCACGGGGCGGCCGGCACCAUGUCCAUGCUGCCCACGUUCGGCUUCACGCAGGAGCAAGUGGCGUGCGUCUGCGAGGUGCUGCAGCAGGGCGGCAACAUCGAGCGUCUGGGCCGUUUCCUCUGGUCCCUACCCGCCUGUGAGCACCUCCACAAGAACGAGAGCGUGCUCAAGGCCAAAGCCGUAGUCGCCUUCCACAGAGGGAACUUCCGCGAGCUCUACAAGAUCCUGGAGAGCCACCAGUUCUCUCCUCACAACCAUCCGAAACUACAGCAGCUCUGGCUCAAGGCGCACUACAUCGAAGCGGAGAAGCUGCGUGGCCGGCCGCUGGGCGCAGUGGGCAAGUACCGGGUGCGGCGCAAGUUUCCACUGCCCCGCUCUAUCUGGGACGGUGAGGAGACCAGCUACUGCUUCAAGGAGAAGAGCCGCAGCGUCCUGCGGGAGUGGUACGCGCACAACCCCUACCCGUCCCCACGGGAGAAGCGGGAACUGGCGGAGGCCACGGGCCUCACCACUACGCAGGUCAGCAACUGGUUCAAGAACCGGAGGCAGCGAGAUCGGGCGGCGGAGGCGAAGGAAAGGGAAAACAACGAAAACUCCAACUCCAACAGCCACAAUCCACUGGCCACAUCCCUGAACGGCAGCGGCAAAUCUGUCCUGGGCAGUUCGGAAGACGAGAAGACCCCGUCGGGGACCCCGGACCAUUCUUCCUCCAGUCCUGCGCUGCUGCUGAGCCCGCCGCCGCCGGGCCUGCCGCCCCUGCACAGCCUGGGCCAUCCACAAGGACCCAGUGCUAUCCCGGUCCCCAGUGGAGACCCCCUGCAACAUCACCACGGCCUGCAGGACUCCAUCCUCAACCCCAUGUCUGCCAACCUGGUGGACCUGGGGUCUUAGAGACACCAAGCCGGGUCUGGUCUUGCUGCUUCUCUGACUGCCCUGCUCAGGCCCCCUCCCCCGUUCCCCAGCCCCUCUCACCCUCCGCUCGCCCUUUCUUUUGAGUAAAAAAAAAAAUUAUUAGAUUGGAAACUAUUUUUGAAAUGAAAGAAAGCAAAAUGCUGAGAAGAAGCCGAGCUGUCAGCCUUGUGCUCUGGUGGGCUGGCGGCGGGGACUGGACAAGGUACUGUAAAAAGCCUGGACAGUAGUGGGAUGAAGGCUUAAAGGGAUCGGGCCAGGGCCUGAUGGAGCUGGGGAGCCGGGUGCUCAGCGCCGGAGGAAGCGGGGUGGAUCAUCUUUAUUUUUAUUGUUGUUAUUGUUGUUGCUUUACCCAGGUGAGGGUCUUUUUCCCACCAUUUGGAUCUGUUUCUUGAACUCGGGGUGGGAAUAAAUUCUGGUCCUGGUGCCGGCAGUUUUGUUUCUCCGCUUGGACUUUAUCCAUGGCCAGGCUACCUCCCGGAGGCAGAUCACUCUAGCUUUUUCUCUCUUCUUGUGUCUCUCCGCCUCUCUGCCUUGCUCUUCACUUUCCCUCGACUUUCACUUUGGUGCUCUAAAACCGUCUCUUCUGAUUUUCCGUGCCCUCCUAAUGUAUGUCUGAGACUGCCUUUUUUUCUUCCCCUCUCACAUUCCCCACUAUCACCAAUGCCCAUCUUUAUAUUUCUGUCUGUCCUUCUGCCUGGCUUCCCUCUGUCUAUCCAUCUGAUCCCCCCAAGUUAUUUAUCCUGCUUCAGGAAGGAGAAAGCCCAAGACCCCGGGGGGGGGGGGGCAAAGGGGGAUAGAAUAGAUUCCAAGACAAGUGCCUCUCGGUCUGGGCCCCAAGAGGUUCACUUCCAGCUGCAGGUGUAAGAUUUUCGUAUUUAACCUUGAAGGGGAAGAAAAGGAAAUCAAGUCGGAUAUAAAUGACCUCAGGAGUUUAAUCUCCCCGAAUCCGGCUUCUGGACUGGACUUCUCUGCUUUGAGGCUGAACUGACUGGGGUUGGGAGAAGAAGCAAGCUCUUAGUGGGCGAAAUUAAACAAAAGGAGAUUCCCCAUCCCGCACACCCCUGACUGUGACCCGUCCGACUUUCUCUCUCCCUGUUUAUACCUUCUUGUGAAUGUUCUUCGGAAAAUAUUUCUGCUUUUAUUUUAUAAUAAAAUUAGAAAUCUAAAAAAAAAAAACAACAACCAAA